CACACUGACAGGACAGAAAGUAUUGUGUUUGUACUUGUAUUGUGUGUCUACCUGCAGAGUUUAACCAUGGCUUAUGCUGAAGGAAAGAGUGACAUGGAGCGACUGGGAAUCUUCAAGGAGAUGGGUUACAUUUCCAUAGGGGACAAGUACAGCCCCCCAAACAAUCGUCCCUUUAAUGAGUCAGCCCACCGCAGUAGGCAGAUGCAAGCUGGCUAUGCCACACAACGCUGUGCAUUGCAGAACGGCUUCUUUGAGAAAACAUACAACCGGAUAUUUGAACGUGAGGCGCUCAAUGACCCAAUAAGACUGGCCCGGCAAUAUCGGAACCAGCAGGCCAAGAAAAUCUUGGGCAAAGCCUUCCUGCCCUCCAACGGCAUCAAGAAACCGUGUGGAUCAGGAAGUUACUAUGGCACGCUCUCUGGACCAGUGGAAGCCAUGAGUCCACAGACACUGCCCCGAAAACCACACAAGUCACCUGGGCGCAACAUUAUGACCUCCCCUGGCAAGAAAGGCAGUGGUUACAGCUAUCCUAAUGUGACCCUUUCCGGUAUUGAGUUGUAUGCUUCUGACCCAUAUGACAGAGCUAAGGAAAUCCUAAAGAAAGAAGUACUAUCACAUCACUCCAAAGUAAAGGCUGGACCCUUCAGGCUGAACCAUCAUCCAAAAGACUUUUUUCAGGACAAUCCUUACCGCAGUGACAGACCGCCACCCCAGGCAAAUAAGAAACUCCCCUCUAUAAAGAAAGCAUCCCCGGUUCCAUUCAAACCCUCAUCUCCUAGUAAACGGAUUGGAGGAAUGAAGGCAGGAACAUUUGAUACUUACCCUUCACACUCUACUGAUCCAUACACCAUUCGUCGCUCAAAAGCCAUUCAUCAGGGACCAGUCUUUCACCCAGCACCCGGUCCAAAAAGCACCCCUGUUAAAAGUAUUGUUAUGCACAAUGUUAACAGGAUUGUGCACUCUGCAAAUUACAGCUCAACCAUCCCAGCGGUAAUGUCAGUAUGACUGUCAUUAUUGAUAACCAGCAAUGACCUUACUGUACCAUUUAUAAAACCAUCUGUUUUAAGAUGAGACCAUUGU